AGAGCGUCGAUAUAAUCCACCCAAAAACACGGUUCUACCCGUCAAUUACAUCGUCUUUGCCUCACCAAUUUCUAUUUUCUCCUCCAGUUUCCCUUCCCUUCCCGCACAAACAAGGCAUCGUCGAGGCGUCAAGGAGGAUCUUCGAUCUGUCUCUUCUCAGGUCAAGUGAUGGCGUCGAAGCGGAUCUUGAAGGAACUGAAGGAUUUACAGAAGGAUCCUCCUACGUCUUGCAGCGCUGGUCCUGUCGCUGAAGACAUGUUCCAUUGGCAAGCAACAAUCAUGGGUCCUCCAGACAGUCCCUAUGCUGGGGGUGUUUUCUUAGUUACCAUCCAUUUUCCCCCAGAUUAUCCUUUUAAGCCCCCAAAGGUGGCAUUCAGAACAAAGGUAUUCCACCCUAAUAUCAAUAGCAAUGGUAGCAUUUGCUUGGAUAUUUUGAAGGAACAGUGGAGCCCGGCACUGACCAUUUCCAAGGUGCUGCUGUCGAUAUGUUCUUUAUUGACGGAUCCUAACCCUGAUGAUCCUUUGGUGCCGGAAAUUGCUCAUAUGUACAAGACUGACAGAAGCAAAUAUGAGACUACAGCGCGGAGCUGGACCCAGAAGUAUGCGAUGGGCUAAAACUGCUUGUGGUGGGUUUGAGGGAGGGCAUUUUCCUUUGUUUCUUUCGGCCUUUUUAAGUUUUAUGCAUGAUUGUUCUGUCUCUGCAAUCCUAAAAGGGACCAAAAAGAGGUCCAUAACAUGAUGUUGGUUGAUGGAGAAACACAUGAAAACAUGAUACCCUGUGGUGUUGUAUGGAUAGUGUGACUUUUGAACAGCGGAAUCUCUCUCCCAACUCAUCAUUCCCCUGCAGUGUAUAUGUAUUCUAAAUGGUAUUGUUCGAUUUCUUACCAUCAUUGCAUGGGAUA